AUGCGCACCUGUGAUUGUUACGGUAAGUUUGGUAUCGGCGACGUAUCGGUAGCUACAUUGUCAAACAUGGUACGUUACGUUACAUGGUUGUAUCAAACAAGCGUCCAGUUCAUCUGUUCACGUUUCAUCUUCAUCAUUCUCUGGGAGAUCCGUAGAAGAUAUCGUAAGGUGCAAGAUAGAUAUACGAACAUAUUGAACCAGCAUGAAGUGCCUAUCGACCUACCUACUACCUACCUACCUCCUACACUGAUAUGGGGCAUGGACAACCACGGCCCACGCGACACUCCCAAUCCCACACCCAGAAGCUCCCUUCGCCGGCUCCCUCGGUGUCAUUUUUACCAAAAGCUUCACUGGCGACGUCGCUACAUCAGAGUCACCAACGCCACGACUAAUCGCACAUCGAAUGCGACAAUCCCGGCCGACCUUCAUGUGACGCUGUUGGUCGGCAAGAAGACCGGAGCUCGGGGGGAAGAAUUGUAUCUCCAAGGACACAUCUACAUCGAGACUGUCCAAAGGCCCGGAAGUGACGACGAAGAGGAAUGGGAGUAUGUUUACCUGGCGGACCCCUCCCGCCGCCAAUACCCCAAGCCUGGCGAGCCGCCCGUCUCGGAGGAGUGGUGGCUCACCGAAAACACCCACAAGGGACACAUUUACUUACAAAAGAUUCUUCGAGGCGACGGAAGCAACAAGGAAGAGUACGACCUGGCAUACCUCGCCGACCCAUCCACCAGGAGGGAUGUCAACAGAAUCGAGAGGCCCGCCAGCGAGGAAAGUUGGUACUGCCCGAAGGUAUACAAGCUGUCUUCGGGACCGGCGCCGAUCUUGGCCUUGGCUAGUAACGGAACCGACUGUGGCCGUGGCGGUGCGCAGUCAUCAACGACCAUCCGAAGCGACCAAAGUAACCCCGACCUCAAAGCACCUCCAAUCUGCUUCAACAACUAG